AUGAAGGGGUACUAUGAUUCGUUUAGUAAACAAAAUUCCGACGAUGAAAAAUGGAAGCAUAAAACGAAUAGGGAGAAAAAUAAAAUGAUGAUGAAAUAUAUGAGCACCAUCGAGGAAGGCAUGAAGGAGGAAGAAGUUAAUUCUUUAAAUGAAAUAAAAUCAGAUGAGGACAUUUCUAAUGGGGGUGGGGAUGAAAUAGAAGACGCAAGUUAUGUAGACAGUGAGGACCACAUCAUUUUAACAGACGAAGAUGUGCUCAUUUCGGGCGACACAGGAGGCGAUGCCUCCAACAAUGAGUCCCCAUGCGAUAAGGAUGACGAUUAUUUGGUGGAGGACACUGGCGCGGGGAGUGCAGCCAGGAAUCACCUUAGCUCAGGCCCCGUUUAUCUGAGCGGUGUAGAGACGAGAGAAAAGGAGGAAGAAGAAGAAAACGAAGAACAGCAAAAUGCACUACCUCAUGGCGGUACUGAUAAAAAUGCUAACCACUCGAGUGAAGAUGACCGGGAUGUACUCCACGCGGAAGGGGUUGGGCACGAACCGGGGAAAAGCGCUGAUGGUAACAAAGAGGGGGAGAGAAAGACAACUGCGGGUACAAAGCUCAACCUAGACGGAGACAACCCACAAAAGUCAGGUGAAGAGGGUGACGAGGACCCCGUCGACACAAAGGACAAUGUUACUAACAUAGAACAAAUGCACAUGAACGAAAAGAAAAAUGCCCUCUUCGAUAUGGAAAUUAAGGAUAUAAACGACUGGAAGUCAAAAUAUAGACACUUGACAUCAUCCUUCCGUAAAUUGGAGAAGGAAAUGAAUAAAACAAUCAACAGUGAACACAUGGAUCAAAUAACGAGACGAAGCAUUAAGCAGCACAAGGACUUCCUAGACAACGAGUAUAAGGAGUGGCUAUCCGAUUUGCAAAAGACCGUUUCGGAGUUCAAAAAAAAUAUUGGGGCUCACGUUUCCGAGCUAAACGAAAAGGAGUACCUAAUUCUGUCCAAAAAUAUCUUCGAAGAUUUCCGGGAGAAAUACUUGGAAGAGAACCAGCUAAACGUCGUCCUCUAUUUGGCUGUGACCAAGCACGAUAUACCAGUUGAUGAGGAUGUUGGGAAGUACCUCCAGGGGUGUUACGAAUCGGUGAACACGGACAACACGCUGCACAGGAACAUACAGAAGCUGCUGGAAGUGAAUGCGCACAUUAGAGACAUAGGCGGCAGAACGGGCACCUGGGAUGAAGACGAACACAACUACUUUAUGAAGGUGUACGAAAGCAAUGCAAAUUUGGGAGAUGAGGUUGUUUUGGGCAUUCUGAAAGGCUGCAUGAAUAAAUCGGAGGAAGAAUUUAUUGAACACGUGUCUUGGUACAAGCAGUUCAUCUCGCACAAUAAUUUAAAGAACAGGUGCCUGAACAGCAUCAGCAUCGUUAAUGUGAAUGAACAGCGCAAAAACGACUCCAAGGUUGAGGAGAAAAAGUACAUGAUACAAAAAUGGAGGGAGAAAAAACAGCAAGAGUCGGCGAUCAAGAUGAAGGAACUGCAGGACAUGAAAAAGGAGGAAAUGAAAAUAAACAAAAUAAUUCGCGAGAACAUCAAAAAGAAAAAGCAGAUGAUACAGGAGCAGCUGAACAGCAAAAAGGAGGAAAUAAAGAAAAACAAAAUGGAAAAGCAGCAGAGGAGCGUCCUGUCUGAGGAAUCAUUGCAGAGGAUUAAUGAACGGAAUGAACGCAUUUUACAAAAGAAGGUUCAGUCAAAUUUAACCCUUAACGAAGAGACCAACGAGCGGGAAAAGAAAACAACCAAACAGAAAUAUAUGCACAUCCAGAGCAAGCUACUGAGCAACACAGAUAACCUGUUGAGGAGAAUUGAGUCCAGCGUAGAAACCAUAAGGAACAUUUUGUAG